CCGAUAUACGGUGGAGUGUCUUAGCAAGCAGAGUGUUCUCUGUAUGACUACCAGAGCACUCGAAUUUUACUCUGGCAUAGGUGGCCUCCAUCGCGCUCUAUCGAAAAGUGAUAUCGAUGGCAUAAUCGUGCGUGCGUUCGACUGGGACCAGUGUGCCUGUCGUGUCUACGCAGCCAAUUACGGAGGCAAAAUUGUGCGACAGGUGGACAUCUCGACUCUGUCUGCAACAGAGCUGACUUCAUAUGGCGCGGAUCUGUGGAUGAUGUCUCCAUCAUGUCAACCGUACACUGUACUCAACCCGCUUGCAAAGGAUGCCGCAGAUCCCCGCGCGAAGUCUUUCAUUCGCCUAAUGGAAAACGUUCUCCCAGAGAUGGCCAAGACACGGAGUCAACCGAAAUACUUGCUCAUAGAGAACGUAGCCGGAUUUGAGAGUUCUAGCACAAGGCAACGGCUGCUGGCCACGCUCGAUUCCCUCGACUAUUCCGUGCUCGAGCUGCUUUUGACACCGCUACAAUUCGGAAUUCCAAACUCUCGCUUGCGAUACUACCUUCUCGCCAAACUCAACCCCGCAUCUUUCGCAAAUGUGCAUGGACCAAAUACGUCAGAAAUCUGGCGUCAUAUACCUGGCCACGGGCAGGAUUGGAUUGACCCGAGGUUCACUUCGGAUCAGCCAAAAACAGACAGCACUGGAGUCAAAGAAAUCCGGCAGUAUUUAGAUCCUCAUAGCACGGAGGGUGAUAUCCAUCCUAACGCAGUCCCGGAUCACGUCUUAGCGAAAUGGGGACGGCUAUUCGACAUUAUUCUGCCGUUCUCCAGACGCAGCUGUUGCUUCACUCGGGGAUAUGCGAAGAUGGCCGAACGCUCGGGGUCAGUGCUUCAGAUGAACGAAGAGCUUGAUACAACGAGCGUCUUUAACCGCUUCCUCGUGGCACAGGGUCGCGGUGAAAAAGAUGCCGUGCGCAUGCUAGACCCCCUACGGCUGCGCUACUUCUCACCCAGCGAGCUGCUGCGGAUUUUCUGCUUUGAGCCCUCUACCGAUGAGCAGGCAAAGCAAACGUUCUCCUGGCCCAACAACUUGUCGAUGAAGACGAAAAACCGACUAAUUGAUCUUGACGUACACUCGCGCUCUUAUGUGCCGUAUACCUUGUCUCUUAUUACUAAUGAAUUGACGAAGUUGCAAUGAGGC